AUGGCUGACGCUCUGAAAGCUGAAGGCAACAAGGCCUUCUCCGCAAAGGACUAUGCUACUGCGGUUGAAAAGUUCACCCAAGCUAUCGAAAUCGAGCCCUCAAACCACAUUCUCUACUCCAACCGCUCGGCUGUCUACUCUGCGCAAUCCCAAUACGAGAAGGCUCUCGAGGAUGCCAACAAAGCUACGGAUCUCAAGGCGGACUGGUCGAAGGGAUGGCUCCGCAAGGGUGCCGCUUACCGUGGUCUAGGCGACCUCUUGGCUGCCCACGAUGCGUACGAAGAGGCCCUCAAGCUCGAGCCUACCAACGAACAGGCCAAGACCGGUUUCAAUGCUGUCAAGAGGGCUAUCGAGGCCGAGGCCACGGCCGACGGUGUUACUGGUGACCCUAUGGGAGGACUCGGUGGUAUCUUCAACGACCCUCAGAUGUAUCAGAAGCUUGCCAGCAACCCCAAGACCUCCCCGCUCUUGGCCGACGCCGACUUCAUGGCCAAGCUCCAGCGCAUUCAGCAGAACCCGAACAGCGUUGGUCAGGAGAUUCAAGACCCUCGCUUCUUGCAGGUCAUGAGUGUGUUGCUGGGCAUUGACAUGAGCUUCGGCGCUCCCCCGGAGGGCGCUAGCUCUGCCGGUGCUGCCCCCGAGGCUGAGGAGGAUGUGCCCAUGCCUGAUGCUCGCCCUGCCGCUGCUGAGAAGAAGGAACCUGAACCGGCACCCGAGCCCGAGGCUGAGCCCGAGGACGAGGAGGCGAUCGCGAAGAAGAAGGCCCAGGAAGCUGCUGAUGCCGAGAAGAAGAUUGGUAACGACUUCUACAAGAAGAAGCAGUUCGAUGAGGCUAUUGAGCACUACAACAAGGCCUGGGAGCUGCACAAGGACAUUACGUACCUCAACAACCUUGGUGCUGCCAAGUUCGAGAAGGGUGACCUUCAGGGCGCCAUCGAGACCUGCCAGAAGGCCGUCGAGGAGGGCCGUGAGCUCCGUGCCGACUUCAAGGCCCUUGCCAAGGCUUUCGGAAGAAUCGGUACUGCACACGAGAAGCUGGGCGACCUUGCUCAGGCCAUCGAGUACUACCACAAGUCGCUCACUGAGCACCGCACACCCGAUGUCCUGACUAAGCUGCGCAACGCCGAGAAGGCCAAGGCCAAGGCCGAGAAGGAGGCCUACAUUGACCCCGCCGAGGCCGAGAAGGCCCGUGAACUGGGACAGAAGAAGUUCCAGGAGGCUGACUGGCCUGGUGCCGUCGAGGCCUUCUCUGAGAUGGUCAAGCGGGCGCCCGAGGACCCCCGCGGUUACUCCAACCGUGCUGCCGCCCUCAUCAAGCUGAUGGCCUUCCCUCAGGCCGUUCAGGACUGCGACGAGGCCACCAAGCGUGACCCCAAGUUCAUCCGCGCCUACAUGCGCAAGGCUCAGGCCUUGAUCGCCAUGAAGGAGUACAACAAGGCUCUGGAUGCCUGCACGGAAGCUUCCGAGCACGAUGAUGGCACCCACGCUCGUGAGAUCGACCAGCAGCAGCAGAAGUGCCUGGAGGCUCAGUUCAGCGCCCGUGCCGGCGAGACCGAGCAGCAGACCAUGGAGAGAAUCCAGAACGACCCCGAGAUCAUGUCCAUCCUCCAAGACCCUGUCAUGCAGAGCAUUCUGCAACAGGCCAAGAGCGACCCUGCCGCUCUGCAGGAGCACAUGAAGAAUGCCCAGGUGCGGAUGAAGAUCCAGAAGCUGAUGGCGGCUGGUGUCAUCCGUCUGGGACGGUGA